AUGGAAUACAAUGCGGGAAGGAGCGAAUCGUCCCGAAGGUCAGAGCCACUCUCACGAUUCUCAUAGUCUUGCACGAGCUCUCUGCAACUCAGGCUGCUUUCGUCUUCCCAGGUGGCAUGUUAUAAGGGAUACCACCGCCACUUGAGCUUGUAUUGCACCUUGCCUUCGUGCGUCCUCUUGCCGACAAUUGCUUCCACUUCAUGCACAACACCCUUCUCAAAGCGUGGGUCUGGCUGAAUGUCUCUCAGGCAUGAGUCAUCCUCGCCUUGACCAGCAGCUUCUUCACGUUUCCCUUCACUGUCCCUCUUUGCGGCUGGCACACGAUCUUGCCCGACAGCAAAGUCCUUCAAGAGGUCAUCUUAGUCAGGAGUCAGGAAUGCGUCCUGAUUGAAAACUGUCUGCUUUCUAUCCCUUCGCAACAACCCGCUGGAGACCUCAACAGCUCUCUCAUCGUCCAUGUGCUGCUCCGACGACGAUGUCGCAGCCUUCAGCCGAUCAACAUUCAGGUUCUUGGCGACGUUCUCGCCGCACAUACGCACCUUGUAUGUGACGAGCCCUGUCUUGCUCUCAACGAUGCCAACCGUUCGCCAAGGUGAGAUGAGCUUUUUCGUAAGGCCCUUUGGCACGUGAUCAUUGAAAAUUCUCACUCGGUCUCCUGGUUUGAAUUCCCUUGGUGCAGGCAGGUCGCUCUUACGAGCAGCCACUUGUUGUUUCGCUCUAUCCAUGUUCUUGCGAGCCUCCUUGUGGAUGGCUUGGAUGCCUUCAACUAUCAGCUUGACGGCAUCGUCGGGAUCGAUUGUCUUCGCCGCCGUCUCAUUCAUUGCGACAAGCCGUGCGGUACUGUCAGGGUGGACUGCCUCGCGCCCGGUCAGCAUCUUGAAUGGCGUAAAGCCAGUCGACUCAUGCUCCGUCGUGCGGUACGCAUACAGGAAAAGAGGGAUGACCCUGUCCCAGUUGGUCUGCUUCUUGUUUAAAUACGGGCGAAUUCUGUCUUUCAGAGUACGAUUGAAGCGCUCGAUCAUGCCGUUGCCCUGUGGAUGCAUCGGCGUUAUCGUUGUGUGUUUAAUUCUCAGCCUCGUUGUCACUUCGCGCAUCAGCUGAUUGACGAAAUGGCUUCCAUUGUCGGUGAGAAUCUCCUCCGGCAGACCAUGUCUCACAACGACUGCCUCCAUGAGUGCCUUGACUGUGUCUUAAGCUGUUGGCGCUUUGCCGAGAGUGACAACCUCUGGCCACUUAGUGAAUUCAUCCUGGACGGUGAGGGCAAACUGACUGCCAGCUUUUGUGGGUGGAAGAGGACCAAUGAAGUCCAUGGCCACCCUUUGGAAUGGUCUCUCAGUUGGUGGUAUCUGUAUGGUUGGUCUCUUGUUUGCCUUCAGGUUGCGUUUGCUCUGACAUGCAGCACACGCCUCAAUGUGCUUUCAAAAGCUCUCGUACAUGCCUGGCCAGUAAAACUCUCUCGCCAUCCUCUUGUAGCCUCUCUCUAUCGCCAGGUGACCAGCCAACAGAUGCUUGUGGUGCAGCUUCAUAGCUUCUUCUCGCAGCGAUGUGGGAACGAGUGACACGGGCCCAUACUCUUGAUGCUUCGACACCACUCUCACCAGCCCGUCGAGUAGGCAAGCGUUGUAAAGCUUCGACCAAUAUGCCUUCGGAAUGGCAUCAUGCAGCUGAUCGAGCUCUCCUUUGGUUGCGUUGUUGCCUUUUUCUGUCAGGAAGGCUUUCACUCGUGA